AUGAGCAGCACAGGGUCCCGGAUUUACAUUCGAGCCAGCGAUGGCACCAAGGGCCACCUGGCCAUCUGUCCCUUGAGAGAUGUGGUGGAAAGGCAGCAGCUGGAAGGGUACCUCCAAAGGUAUGGCGACUUCGAAGAUCUGUGGUUGCCGUGGAAGGCAGCGGACCAACGACCUUUCGGCUUUGUGACCUUCAAAGACUCUGCGGCGGCGCAGCGCUUUGUGGAGUGGUCCCCGCACAAAGUACCGGAUGCAACGGAGGAGAUCAUUGCCAAGUGGGGGCAGGGACAGAAGAAGGCCCAGACGCAAUGGAAGUCAUCCGCCCGCGACCAUGUGGAGGGAAUGCUUCAGCCGCUGGAGGUUGAUGCUGACGUGUCGAUGAGGAACUAUCAUUUUGAAUCGGAGCAGAAGAAACAGUCCUUGGCAGGUAUUCUGAAGUCCGCGGACGGAGCUUAUCAAGACAAGCUGGCAGCUUCCAGGAAGAUCAUCACGGGAAGAGUCCCCAAGAAGGGCAAACCUCAGCUGCACCUGUUUUGCGGUCCGCCGGCCACUGGAAAGACCCUGGCGAUGAAGGUCAUUGCGGCUGAGGGAGGCCUCAAGCCAUUUUACAUGAAGCUGGGCGAGCUGGGAUACAACACCUCGACGGCUAUGCAGAACGCCUUGAAGGAGGUUGACAAGAUGUCAUCUGGUCCCGAUGGGGUCGGAGUGGCAGUCUUGAUCGACGAGGCGGAGCAAGUGUUCAGCAGCCGGAGAAGCAUGCAGGACGCCAACAGUGUGAAAGUCGAGGCGAAGAAGGAACUUGUGAGAGCUUUCCUGGAGUGGACCGAUGGCUUGCAGAGCAGGCCUCGUGAUGCCAAACCCAUCGUGGUUGUGAUGGCCACAAAUCUGCGAAGCAGCAUCGACGAAGCUGUCCAGAGCCGCGUGGGCAAGACCAUCGAGUUUUCAUAUCCGACGCUCGCGCAGUGCAAGCAGCACUUCGCCGCGAAUGCGCCAAAGGUUAAAAAGUGGCAUUGGCUCCUGGCGGCAUCCAGCCGACUUCUGGUUAUGGACUUUCGGGAGCUCGAAGCGGUACAUGAUCUGGUGUGUGAACGAGAUGCGGAGAAACUUGGGGUCUCGCCGGGAGAUGUGAAGGCCUUUUCAGACUAUCUUCCUGCGAUGUGGUCCGUAUGGUCGCAGCGGGGCAGGCAUGGGUCGAGCGAUCGGACUGCCUCGAGAAUGAUCGAUGCCCUGAAGCUGAUCAUUUGGCAGCUCCCAUAUUUCUCAUAUCACCUGCGUGUGGUGAGACACGAGAUGCAGCCGUUGCGUCAGAAGUUGAUGCUGCUUCUGAAUGCCGUGCUGCAGCCUCUGCGCGCUCGGCUGUAA